CACACACACACACAUACACACAAGAAUACACGCACAAUAUCACAAUAUUAUAGUCGUUAUACUCAUUAUUUUUUAACUGUGCCGAUAAAGGGGGGCAGGGCUGAUGUGGACUGGGCUGAACCGCCCCUUCCUUCCAGCCGAAUCAGGAAGCGGAGCGGGCUCUGAGGCUGCGGAUCCCUCCUGUCGAGCAUCAGCACGCACGGGCAGCCUUCGUGUGUCGAAACCUCGCCGUCUCCUCCGCUGUGUUUCCUGUGUGUCACAUAUGCCGCUGACAGUGAAGCGGAGAGGUGCAGGUAGAAUGGGCCAGAGCUGCUGGUCCCCUCUGUAACUCUGGAGAUGGAGCCAACAGCCUCGCAGACAGACACAGACAAUGAGGUCCAUUGGAAGGGGCUGGGCCGGGCUGGAGUGAAGAAGAUGCCACAGCGUCCCCCGUGGGAUCUGCAGUGCUGCUGUCCUGCCCCUGUGACACACUUCUCUUCCUGGAUGAUGGAGGGAGAGCCCUUCACCUCUGCAUUCUCCUCUCUGCUGUACUCUGCUGGGGGACACUUUGUUGCCCUCUCCUCCUCCUCCUCGUCUUCCUCCUCAUCCUCCACUGAUUCUGCCAUCACUGCCAUGUCCCUGGAGCAGAAGACAACGUUUGCCUUGGUCAUCUUUCUCUUUGUUUUCCUCCUCAUCCUCAUUGUGCGAUGUUUCCGUAUCCUGCUGGACCCCUACCGGAGUAUGCCGACCUCCACCUGGGCAGAUGGCCUUGAUGGUCUGGAGAAGGGGCAGUUCGACUAUACUCUGGCCUAGGGUUAUGCACAAAAUACACACACAUCCAAACAGACUAGUGUAUAUUUAUGUAGAGACACACACACACGUGUUGUUGUAUUUGCUUUGAGUUCGUGGAGACACCAAAGGGCAGAACCACUCUAUUGUAAUGUUGUAGUUGACGCUGCCUUUGUGGUGUGUGCAGGUGCAGCUGGUCUCACAGGCACAAGCUAGCUGAACAACAAGCAGUUCAGAAUUUGCAUCAUAUGGGUUAUUUUACUCCCAUUCUGCUUUACAUGGAUCAAAUGGACUGUUCUGGCUGACUGUCAGUGUGAGCACCCUGCCAGGCUGAUAACACAGAAUAACAUUUUCAGCGACAUGCACAUGUAGUGAAAAUGGACUCUGAUUACUUGGUGGCGGUUUUAGACAUUCUUCUGGUCUGUUCAGCUUGAAAACAAAGUAAAUUUCAGCCUUGCUUUAUUUACAAAAAAUGUGAACUUUUUUUGCUGCAGUGUAGUAAGUAUACAGAUGUUAACAAGAGCUUGAUUUGGAGUCUCAGAAUUUACAGAGACAUUUUCCUUUUACCUCUCAUGGACUUGCCUCAGUUUGUGCUACCCAGAACUGUCCUCUUGCAUCUUUGCAUUGAAUUUCUAUGAAAAUGUGUUGCCUAAAAUUGCUUUGUAUUCAGUCUGAACACACCUUUAGGUAAAUAUGUUUACCUGGGCUGGGUAUUAUUUCAAGUGUUUUGUACUGAUUCUCAUCCUAAAAUGAUUUGGGGUUUUUUGUUUGUUUGUUUUGAUAGCUUACUGACAAAUAUAAACACAGUUUUUAGGAAAUCUUUUUUUCUCAUCCAACAAAAGAAGCCAAAGUUACAAAUAGCUGUAAAAUAAGUUGAAAUACAGUCUAAGAAUAUCGGAAUAUUACUGUUUAAAUCGGGAUCUCUCUAUUUAAAGGAGGAGUAAAGAAUCUAAACAAAUAUUUCUGUCCAGCUUUUGGUAUUUGACUGUUUUUGUACUUGGUGCUACUGAUACAUUUCAGUUGGUCAGUUGGGAUAGUAUUGAGUUUUGAUACCCAGGGUUGAUUGAACUUACAAAGACACAAAAAAGUGUUGGAGAGGCACAAAUGUGGUAAUGGACUUCUUCACUUGAAAUUUUGAUGAUUUGUUGGCUGGUUUGAUCGAGCUUAAUAUUAUACAGAAUGUAUGUCUACUAUUCAGUGUCUCCUGGAGGGUAUGAACUCUCAACAAUGAACAUUUUCUAACUGAGAUGUGGCUACUCUAGAGAACAAAACAACGUUUUCACAGUGACAGUCCCUGUGCACAUUUGUAGAGAUCUCUGCCACUUCUGUUGUCAAACUGUGAACUGUUGACACUGUCAGCACUUUGGUGAGAAAAUCCCAUUGAGAGCAUAAAGAAACAGUGUUUGUAAGAGAUGACCUUAGGGUGCCUCACUCAUACAGGGUAGCUAUUUUUCUUCACCACACCUUAUUGUCUUAGCCUUCUUGUGUCUGUUUGAUGUGCUACGCUGCCAAAUAUUCAAGCUUAAAGAGCGACUUAACACCAAAUCCACUUUUCUGAGUUAGUAAAUUAUUUCAUUUUAUUUUUACAUUUGUUGCAAAAGAUGAUAUUUUACUUUCAAAAGAAAAUCCAGUAAUUCUGUAGAUAAAUUGUAGAAUAUACCCUGACAGUCCACUCUCAAAUUGUGGGCUGAUGUCACAUUCACCCCCACCCUCAUUGUACAUGUAAUACAUACGACUACAGCUUUCUUCAGUUUCCAGGGAACAGGCUUUUACACUAACAGAUUCAAGUUGAUUAACCAUUAUUAUUUCAUAGUUUAUUAGUUUUUGGAGGACCUAAACCAAGCUUGUGCAGUUAUUGGAUUUUUUUUAACAUCUUUAAAUUUUCUGCCUUUCAAUGAUACCAUCAGGGUCCUUUACAUUUCCCAGACAGAGACAAAUAAAAGCUGCGUGAGGUUGAAGUCCUCAUAUAUAUGUUAUCUUAAGCCUUGUGAUACACAUUUUAUCAAUUCAUUUAUUUAAACAAGCAGUAAAGAUUAUCCACUAGGGGGCUAGAACAUGGUCAGAUCAUCCCUGACCAAUGCUGGAAUAUUGGCUUGAGAGGUUGACGGUGACAGUCAAGGUUACUACAGUCAAGGUUACUUUGCUACUGUUACUGUUGCUAUUGUUACUGUUGAGAUGACAGCAGACAUCACUGGCAAGCUUAAUGUUUCACUGCCAAGCUUCCCACCAUUUUUGUUGUGAUUUGAUAAGAAUGUGUAGUUGACCUUCCUUCACAGCUUGAUGUACUGAUUGGCUGUGUGACAUGCAUGCAAACGUGUUGUUAAAACCAGUUUUUUAUCACAGGCUUAAAGAUGCAGUGGACUGCUGCCAUGUAACGUUUGAUAAGAUUGUCAUUGACCUGCCACUGGUGUAGAAAAAUACAGUUUGAAUCCACAUUCAAGUGGUAUUUUUCUAUACCAGUGGCAGAAAAAUAUCUGUUAAAUAUAUUUGUUCACGUUUUUCCCAUGGACUCUUCUGCCUUCUCCUUCAGCCGCCCAACUCCUGAACUUACAUGUUCUACCCAGAUACUGAGUACAUACCAAGGCAACUUUUAGAAUUCUUAUCAUAUUCAUUUGCAGAUUUUUACCCCAUUUCCUUCCAGUUUUAAAUGCUGAGUUUACUAUAGUUUUCUGGAGUUACCAUCCUCUUCCCACGUGUUGCCUGUGCAGCUGAAGCAGAGAAAAUUGCAUCUUUGGGCAUAAUUAACUUUUUUCUACUUUUAUGGAGAAGUGCCAUGUAAAAAAAUACAACCCACAAAUGUACAUUGAACUUAUGAAUGUAUGUAUCAAGUUCACUGUAUUCAGUCUGUAAUGGUAAGUACUGCCUCUGGUAAAUCAGACUCCCUCUCUGAAUUUGACACAGCACCUAAAGCACACAGUGGGAACAGAAUCUUUCAGAUGUCAGUAGAGGGUUCUGAAUGUUUGGUUUUCUUGCAGAGAUUAUUGAUCAUCAUCUGACUUAUUCUAACACCACAGCUGAUAUUACAACCAGUGCUGUCAAAAAUCUUCAUGGUUAAUGUUUGAAGAUCAUUAGAAUUAGUGGUGUAAAUAUAGUGCUCAGAUUUUUUCAGGUAGUGCAGUAAUAGUAAAGCACGUGCCAGAGUUCCCUGCACUCAACAAGAAUUAUUUGAUUCUUUCAGGCUGUAGUCGUGCAUUCAUGUCAAAUACUGCAGUGAGCACUACUUUCUGUGACAAUCAUGAUGCUUACUCUCACUUUCAUUUCUUUUCCUUUGAAAUGGUUGCUUUUAAGCCAUGCUAGCACUGUGGCUCUAUGGAGUCAGUCUUUACCAGUCUUUGUCCUCUAUUUUUAUAACGUACAAAUAACAAACAAAAAACAAAAAUCACAAUGGCAUAACAAUAACAAUGGAUAAGAAUGUUACGGAACAAUAUUAAUAAUAUUAAUUAAGUACAUUUAAUAUAAUGUUAAUUAAAGUAUAAAUCAUUUCUGUUUAUAGAAUAGUGGAAUGUUUGAAUGUGUGUUUUCACCAACAAUAAAAUUAAGGAUAUAUCAUUUAACUAAAGAAUAAUUUGUACAUUUAUGAUUGAGGGGGAGUCAAUGUGUUGAGUAAUAUAUGGGCAUCUUGCCAAACUUUCUGAGAAUGUGGACAAAUCCAGAAUAAGUGCUGUAGAUCUUCAGGUCACAUGUCACAAAAAAGCAAUUAACAUCCAUUCCUUGGAAGAGUAAUAUCAAUGCAUGAGCUUAAAAAACACUUCAUUUGUCUUAUUAGUAAUCAGAGAUUUGAUGAUUAAGACCAGAACAGAGAGUUUCCCUGCUGCAUAUGUGGAACAGAGAUGAAGCCUUUCUGGAAUGAAGAAUUCAAGAAUGAAAAAAAUAUACUGUUAUACAUGGAGUGUUCUUCAAUACAGCAUCUCCUGCUACUCUUUCUGAAUCAUGUAAGAACCAGAGGUCAUAGCUCAACUGAGCUCUCCAAAAAAUGUGUCAUUUACAACUGAAUGUGACUGAAAUAAAAGUCAGAUUUCUGCUGCUUUGUAAAUGAAAAUAAACUUUUAAUCUUAAUACUACAUCUCAGUCCUUUGGCAUUCAAAGUAGCAACUGUUAGUCAUUAGAA